AUGGCUCAUAAAAUGAUACUCGCUUAUGUUCUCGUGGUGUUUUUAACACUGUCUAAAGGGCUUGUUUGGGGGAUUCGUGGUGUGGGUUCAAACACAAUCCAUGAUCCUUCCUCAGAUAUUAUGCAUGAGUUUCGAGAGAUAAAGGAAUUAGUAUCACCGUCUGCUCCAACUCCGAUCAUUAAUCCUUAUGGAGAGAUCAAGAGAUCAAUGCUUUUUGGUUCGAAUUUGAUCCAUAAUCUUUUUGAAGAGAGCAAGAAAUCAGUGCCUUCUGGUCCGAACCCAAUCCACAAUCCUUCUGGAGAGAUCAAGAGGUCAGUGCCUUUUAGUUCAAAUUUAAUCCAUAAUCAUUUUGAAGAGAGCAAGAAAUCAGUGCCUUCUGGCCCGAACCCAAUUCACAAUCCUUCGGGAGAGAUCAAGAGAUUAGUACAUUUUGGUUCAAAUUCAAUUCAUAAUCCUUUUGAAGAGAGCAAGAAAUCAGUGCCUUCUGGUCCGAACCCAAUCCAUAAUCCUUCUGGAGAGAUCAAGAAGUCAGCAUCUUUUGGUUCGAAUUCAAUUCAUAAUCCUUUUGAAGAGAGCAAGAAAUCAGUGCCUUCUGGUCCGAACCCAAUCCAUAAUCCUUCUGGAGAGAUCAAGAAGUCAGUGUCUUUUGGUUCGAAUUCAAUUCAUAAUCCUUUUGAAGAGAGCAAGAAAUCAGUGCCUUCUGGUCCGAACCCAAUCCACAAUCCUUCUGGAGAGAUCAAGAAAUCAAUGUCUUUUGGUUCGAAUUCAAUCCAUAAUCCUUUUGAAGAGAGCAAGAAAUCAGUGCCUUCUGGUCCGAACCCAAUCCAUAAUCCUUCUGGAGAGAUCAAGAAGUCAGUGUCUUUUGGUUUGAAUUCAAUCCAUAAUUCUUUUGAAGAGAGUAAGAAAUCAGUGCCUUCUGGUCCAAACCCAAUCCAUAAUCCUUCUGGAGAGAUCAAGAAGUCAGUUUCUUUUGGUUCGAAUUCAAUUUAUAAUCCUUUUGAAGAGAGCAAGAAAUCAGUGCCUUCUGGUCCGAACCCAAUCCACAAUCCUUCUGGAGAGAUCAAGAAGUCAAUGUCUUUUGGUUCGAAUUCAAUCCAUAAUCCUUUUGAAGAGAGCAAGAAAUCAGUGCCUUCUGGUCCGAACCCAAUCCAUAAUCCUUCUGGAGAGAUCAAGAAGUCAGUGUCUUUUGGUUCGAAUUCAAUCCAUAAUCCUUUUGAAGAGAGCAAGAAAUCAGUGCCUUCUGGUCCGAACCCAAUCCAUAAUCCUUCUGGAGAGAUCAAGAAGUCAGUGUCUUUUGGUUCGAUUUCAAUCCAUAAUCCUGUUGAAGAAAGCAAGAAAUCAGUACCUUCUGGCCCGAAUCCAAUCCAUAAUCCAUCUCGAGAGAUCUAG